AUGGCAGUCUUAAAAGUAACAUUCACGAAGACGAAUCGAGACAAAUUGGCCCAGGUUUUAUGGGUGCUGAACUGGGUGUCUGUGGUUACAGGGAUAACACUAUUCAGUCUGGGCCUGUUCCUAAAAGUGGAGAUCGAGAAGCGCCGUGAGCUGAUGUCAAAGGAGAUCGACUCAGUGCCAAACAUGCUCAUCUCGGUUGGCUUGACUGCCUGUGCAAUUAACUUUUUGGGGGGCACGAUCUGUUACGACUGCGUGGACACCACCAAAUUCCUGCGAUGGAAGCUGCUGAUGCUGCCUUACAUCAUAUGCACAUUCUUCUUUACCUUCUGUAUCCUUGUGGGGGCCCUCAUGUGUUAUAGUAUGCGCAACGACCUGGAAGAGUCACUUUUCCUGGGCUUGCGUGAUGCCAUGCGCUACUAUAAAGACACUGACAUGCCAGGCCGCUGUUACAUUAAGCGCACAAUGGACAUGUUGCAGAUGCAAUUUCAAUGCUGUGGCAAUGGAGGGUAUCGGGACUGGUUUCACAUACAGUGGAUCAGUAACCGCCAUCUGGAUAUGACCAAUAGUGAAGUGGUUGAUCGACUACAGAGUAACGUAGAGGGGAAAUAUUUGAUAGAUGGGGUGCCCUUCAGCUGCUGUAAUGUGCAUUCCUCUCGACCCUGCAUCCAGUAUCAAAUCACCAAUAUUUCAGCGCAUUAUAACUACGAUUACCAGAAGGAAGAAUUGAACCUGAACCAAAAGGGUUGCAGACAGGCUCUGCUAGAUCACUACACAAACAUAAUGCAGUCCAUUGGUUUGAUUGUUCUCACCAUUUGGCUCUUUGAGGUGUCUGUGUUGACCGGAGUACGUUAUCUUCAGACGGCCAUGGAAAAUGUGCUGAGGUUAGGGGAUCCCGACUCAGAGUCUGAUGGCUGGAUUCUGGAGAACAGCAUAGCCGACACAGCCCGUUAUAACUUUAAUAUCAUCAAGAACUUGGGGAAGUGCUAUCAGGUGGAUGAUGACCCCAACAUUGAUGUACCAAACACCAGUCAAAGACCACAAGAGAAUGUGCCUGCCAGUCAAAUACCUGUGGUCAGGUAGUGCAUGAGACACUUUGGACAUUGACUCUUUGGACACUGCCUUGGAGAGACAG